AUGCACAAGAUCUCCAACUUUACGGGCCAGGCCCGUCAUGGUUGGGAACGAAUGACGCCAACCUUCGGGAUCACUAGACCUCAUACCGACAUGGCCUUUCGCCGGCCGCAUGGUGCUCCGCCGAUGACCCCUCCAACGAGUAUCGAUCCUACUGUCAAUCUGUCCUUCAACGUUCCCUUCUCCUCCACCUUGGCCGGCCCCGAUGUCGAGGAUGUGCUCCACGCCAGUCCCGCCGCCCUGCAGCGCUGGACUUUUCCUGAAGGCACACCCGAAGGUACUUUAGUGCAUCAGUUGCCAGUUCACACGAGCAAUGUCGAAGGUCUCCGGAGAUUAUGUCGUCAGAUCACAGAGACCAGUGGUGGUCGCAUCGAAGCCACCGUCACAUCCUCAGAGCCCAAGGCCGUACCAUCGCUACAAAGACGACCCAACGGUUUAGUGACUAAUGUUUGUGUCACUGGCGAUGGUGAGACUGCGCGCAAGAUGAGAGCGAAGAUUUUGAACGAUACCCCGAUCAUGCUGCGAUGUGCAACGGUCGACAUGGAUAUGCAUCUGAUUAUGGAUGGGUCAACCAAAGGCAUCCGAGCGAGCGUUCUUGAGCACAUGGAUACCUUAGCCGCCUACACCGGGACCGAUAUUUUCUUGCUUACACCCAAGCUUCACGAUGCGGACAGUGCGAUCGUUUCCUCCUAUGGCUAUGCGUCUGAUAAUGAUUUGGACCAACGCUUCCGAGUCGCUAUUUACGGUGACAUGGAAAGCUCGGAACAUGCCAAGACACGAGUUCUGAUCAUGAUUGAUCAAAUUCUCAAACGCCAUGUUGAUGCUAUCAAGCUGGAGCUGACCAUGCACACCUUGGUGUGUGGUCGCACCCGCAAGAACAUUAAGCUCAUUGAAGCUGCCACUGGCACCGCCAUUUAUUUCCCUCCCCCGUUUCCCCGAAUUUUCGGAUAUACCCCUCCUGGUGCGAACCGUCGGAGCGAAGAUGAAGUGUACAUUACAGGCGAGUCGCCGGAGCAGAUUGCUCGGGCGAAGCAAAAGCUGCGGGAGCUAGUGAUGGGAGUUAAGAUAUACGUCAAGGAUGUAGUGGUUAACUCGAGCAAGAUCGACAACAUUUUGCUUGAUCGAUUGGACAAAGUUCGCAAGGUGAUGGAGAUGAAUGGUUCUUAUGUUCUUUUCCCACAGCUGGGCAGCCAGCGCGGCCUCGUUCGGAUUCAAGGCACUGAGGUCUUGCAUGUCGAGCGGACCGUUCGGGAGAUCAUGGCUCUGGCCGGGCAAUUCUACAGCGCUUCUUGGUGGAUCAUCAUGCCCGACCCUGCCCAGGGUGGCAUCCGGGCCCCUUCUACAGCCGACGUUCGCUCGAUGCUCUCAGAUAUCUGCACCAACUCGGAGGCAGAGGUUAGCUUUGAUAACCUGACGUUCACUAUAAACGGUUCCGACGAUGCAGUCAAGGCAGCUAUGACUGUGGUCAACCAGAUCCCAUUCGUCACCCGGAGCCAGUACCAAAUGCGAGUCAAGAUUGAAUUGGCCAACGAGCAUAAGGAAUUUGUCAGCGGCAAGAAGAAUGGCAAGAUUAACAAGAUCAUGGGCCAGAGUAAGUUUGUUCCUCAUUUUGGCGAGGACGAGACUAACGAGCAAGCAGGCAAUGUUCAAAUUAUCUUUGACGGUUUCAACGAGUACAAUUUCUACAUCGAUGUCUGUGGAAACCAAUACGAGUCUACAAAGAACGGCCUUGACCUGGUUGAGCAAGAGAUGCCUGCUUCCAUCUCAUUCCACGUGCCGGACCAAUACCACAAGCGGAUUAUCGGUAUCGGUGGACAGCACAUCCAGCGUAUCAUGAAGAAAUACUCGGUCUUUGUCAAGUUCUCCAACGCCAUGGACCGUGGUGGAAUGGGCAAGGAGGAUGAUGAUAUUAAGGUUGACAAUGUGAUCUGCCGGACUCCUGCUCGCAACGCCCAAAGCCUGGACCUUGUCAAGCAGGAGAUCAUGGAUAUGGUCGAGAAGGUUGAUGCCGAAUAUGUCUCUGAGAGGGUCGUUAUCAACCGGCUAUACCACCGCGAGUUGUUGGCUCGCAUAACCGAGAUCGAUGAACUGGAGAAGAAAUGGAACUGUAAGAUCGAGUUCCCCAGCACUGAACUUGCCAGUGAUGUUGUGAACAUCUCCGGUCCUGAAUACCAGGUUCCCCAGGCAGUCGACGCCCUGCUGGGCAUGGUACCUGAAAGCCAUGAGCUUCACUUCCAAAGUUCCGCCGAGCUGCGGGUGUAUUUCAAGUCGCCCGACUUCCUGGCGGAUGUUCGUACCAAGCUCAAAGAGCAGUACGAGGUCGACAUCAAUGUGGACACCAGUGCCGACCUUCAAGACCAGGAGGACGGCUCUGCUUCCCCUGAUCCCGCCCCAGAAGAUCUGGUGGUUCUCGGCUACACCCGAAACAACGCUGGUGGCCUGAAGGACGCCAUCGACUUCCUGAUAUCCCGUCUUGUUGCCCACGGCCUCGACGCCAACACCGUCAAGGGUGCGAUUCCGCGCCCCAAGUCGGAUUCGUUCGAGGAGUCCCUGCCCUUCUUUGACUCCAAGUUGCUGCAGCAUGCCCCAGUCCCACUCGUGACCGACUCUCCUACGCGACCCAGCUUUGUCGACGAGGCCAGCGAGCGCGGAUCGAUCUUCGAGCGCCUCCGCAAGCCCGGCAGCAUCUCGUCCUUCUCCUCCUUCAUCGGCCGCAAGAACCACUCCGGAUCACCGGCCUCGUUCUUCAAGCAUGCCUCUAGCAAUGCUUCGAAGGCAUCGCUUGUUUCGAUGGAAUCCCGGGACAGCGGCUACCGCAACCCGUGGAACGACUCUGGCGUGAACCUCCCCGAGGACGACUUGCCCGUCCUGGGGAGCUCCCACAGCCACAAGAGCAGCAACAGCAACAACACCAAUGGCUGGCCUGCACGCUUUGACACGAAGUUUCCUUUCGGUACGGCGCCCGGAGACAUGACCCCCAAGCAUGAUCCGCGCGCCUCUUUUGACAGUGGUCGCCCUAGCACUUCGAAUUCUACUUCUGGAUACCCGGCCCCCAUUGGGCCACCGCGUUAA